CCUCCACCUCUGCUUGACAUCCUCUCAAUGGCAAUCGCCACAACAACAUUCUCUGCCGCCUCGCAUGACUAGAAACAACACCUCAGAAUCAAUAAACACCCUCACUCCUCCCAGCCAGUACCCAAGACUUGAUCUACUUCGAUAACACCUCUUGGAAAUGGCAAUUCCAAUAUCAUCUCUACUUACCAAUGGCUCGGCAACGCAGCCUCGUGAUCGAUGGACGUAUCUAGACAAAAUCUUAUCCACGACUUCGCCAUUCGCCGGAGAAGAAUUUGUACCUGGGGAAGAGACCAUCGAUGCCCUCGAAUCAUCACGUGUUCUCGUCAUUGGAGCCGGUGGCUUGGGAUGUGAGAUCCUGAAGAACCUAGCCCUUUCGGGGUUCAAGGACAUUCAUGUCAUCGACAUGGACACCAUUGACGUCUCGAACCUAAAUCGACAGUUCUUGUUCCGCCAAUCUGAUGUCGGCAAAUCCAAGGCCGAGGUCGCCGCGGCGUUCGUCGAAAAUCGAGUUCCUGGCGUCAAAAUCACUCCCUACAAUGGCAAAAUCCAGGACAAGGAUGAAGAAUAUUACAUGCAAUUCAAGCUGGUUAUUUGUGGUUUGGACAGUAUCGAGGCUCGACGUUGGAUCAACGCCACCCUGGUUGACAUGGUCGAUAUGGAUAAUCCAGAGUCACUUAAACCCCUGAUCGACGGAGGCACAGAAGGCUUCAAAGGCCAAGCCCGUGUCAUUCUGCCCUCUCUCACAUCCUGUAUUGAGUGUCAACUAUCAAUGCACGCCCCUCGAGCCGCCGUCCCAUUAUGUACCCUCGCCACCAUCCCCCGACAGCCACAACAUUGCAUCGAAUGGGCUCACAUCAUGGCCUGGGAUGAACAACGUAAGGAUGAACCACUAGAUACCGACGACCCCGAACACAUCACCUGGCUCUACAACCAAGCCUUAGCACGUGCUAAGGAAUUCAACAUCCAGGGCGUCACCUACUCCAUGACCCAGGGAGUAGUCAAAAACAUCAUUCCCGCCAUUGCAUCCACCAACGCCAUCAUUGCCGCGGCAUGUUGCAAUGAAGCCCUCAAGAUCGCAACCUCGUGCGCUCCCUUCCUCGAGAAUUACGUCAUGUACACCGGCGACUCCAACGAAGGCGGCCUGUACACCUACACCUUUGCCGCCGAGAAGAAGGACGACUGUCCCGUCUGCGGAAAUCUCGCCCAGAACGUCACCGUCGAUCCCGACAUCACCCUCGAGAAUUUCCUCACCGGUUUGGCCGAGAGGGCUGACGCCCAGUUGAAGAAGCCCAGUAUCCGCACCGAAGCUCGUACCUUGUAUGUCCAGGCCCCCAAGAGUCUCGAGGAACAGACCAGACCCAAUCUGAAGAGAAAAUUACGCGAAUUGGUGACGGACGGGGAAGAGGUUGGCGUUAGUGACUCGGCCUUCCAGAUCAGUUUCAAGUACCGGAUGGUAUUCAAAUGAGACUUAUGCGGAUCUCAAUGAGUGCAAGCAGAUACGAGUAACGAACGCGGUCCGCCGGACAGGAUACCAGGCGUGGUCCUGGGCAUGGGCAAAGUCAAGCGAUUAUACUGUAUACAUGCCAAUCGCAGUCGGACACAUCAACGACUUCCACACAUAACACA